GUGGUGGGCGUCGUGGCCAUGGCGGCGGCUAUCGCCAGCUCGCUGAUCCGUCAGAAGAGACAAGCCCGCGAGCGCGAGAAAUCCAACGCCUGCAAGUGUGUCAGCAGCCCCAGCAAAGGCAAGACCAGCUGCGACAAAAACAAGUUAAACGUCUUUUCCCGGGUCAAACUCUUCGGCUCCAAGAAGAGGCGCAGAAGGAGACCAGAGCCUCAGCUUAAGGGCAUAGUUACCAAACUAUACAGCCGACAAGGUUACCACUUGCAGCUACAGGCAGAUGGAACCAUUGAUGGCACAAAAGACGAGGACAGCACUUACACUCUGUUUAACCUCAUCCCUGUGGGUCUUCGAGUGGUGGCUAUCCAAGGAGUUCAAACCAAGCUGUAUUUGGCAAUGAACAGCGAGGGAUACCUGUACACCUCGGAACAUUUUACACCUGAGUGCAAAUUCAAAGAAUCGGUGUUUGAAAAUUAUUACGUGACGUAUUCAUCGAUGAUAUACCGCCAACAGCAGUCCGGCCGAGGGUGGUAUCUGGGUCUGAACAAAGAAGGGGAGAUCAUGAAAGGAAACCAUGUGAAGAAGAACAAGCCUGCAGCUCACUUUCUGCCCAAACCACUCAAAGUGGCCAUGUACAAGGAGCCGUCACUGCAUGACCUCACAGAGUUCUCCCGGUCUGGAAGCGGGACCCCAACCAAGAGCAGAAGUGUCUCCGGCGUGCUGAACGGAGGCAAGUCCAUGAGCCACAACGAAUCAACGUAGCCAGUGAGGGCAAAACAAGGGCUCUGUAACAGAACCUUACCUCCAGGUGCUGUUGAAUUCUAGCAGUCCUUCACCCAAAAGUUCACAUUUGUCAAUGACGUUCACCAGACAGGCAGGGUUCACUAGUCUCUCUGCCCUGACACCUUCUUAUCAUCCAUACUAGCUCCCCAUAAUUUCGAUUGAGCUUGCGCAAAAGAAUGCCAAGCGUUAUCAGUGAACUAAAUCCUGGAGAAGGACUGCCCAAUUUUCUCAUGAUCUCACCUGUGCUUUGGGGAUGACAAGCCAAAAACAUUUCACAGCACUAAUGCUGAUAAAAAUUUGCUCUCCAACCAAGAAAAGUUAAAAGACCACAAUUGCUCUUCAAAAACAAAACAAAACAAAAAUCAAAACAAAACAAAACAAAAUUAACUGCUUAAAUGUCUUGUAGGGGCAAACAAAAUGAUGUGACCUGUGUUGUUUUCUUGGCUUAAUGUUUUCUAUCUACGCUUGAUUCAGAUGUACUCUUUACUUUGGUAUAGUGCAACUUUAUGAUUUCUGAAAUUCAAUGGUUCUAUUGACUCUGUCACUUAAUCCAAAUCAACCAAAUUCAGGGUUGAAUCUGAAUUGGCAUCUCAGGCUCAAGGUAACAGUGUUCUUGUGAUUCUACCAAUUUUUUUUUUUUUUUUUAGAUUUGUAGUGUAUUCUGGUCAAGUUCUUGUGCUGUAUUCUGUGCAUAGAAAUUGAGGUGUAUUGUCAACCCCAGUCAGUAAAGAUUACUUAAAAAAAAAAACAUUAUCCUCAAGUGUAGAUUUCUCUUAAUUCCAUUUGUGUUAUCAUGUUAAACUAUUGUUGUGGCUUCUUGUAUAAAGACAGGAACUGUGAAGCUGUGAUGUCGUCUUUUGUGUUGUUAAAAUAAGAAAUGUCUUAUCUGUAUAUGUAUGAGUCCUCCUGUCGUUGUAUUUGGCAUGUGAAUAUUGUGUACAAGGAAAUGUUAAGACUGGUUACCCCUAAACAACAUAUACUUAUACUUGCUUCUGGAAAAGUGUUUAAGACUUAGCUAGGUUUCCAUUUAGAUCUUCAUAUCUGUUGCAUGGAAGAAAGUUGGAAUCUUGGCAUAGAGUUGCAUGAUAUGUAAGAUUUUGUGCAUUAAUAAUUGUUAAAAUCUGUGUUCCAAAAGUGGACAUAGCAUGUACAGGCAGUCUUCUGUCCUGUGCACAAAAAAAGUUUAAAAAAAAGUUGUUUAAUAUUUGUUGUUGUAUACCCAAAUACGCACCGAAUAAACUCUUUAUAUUCAUUCAAA